CUGACUUUGGAAACUCAUUUUUUAUUCAUUUCAAAUUGUUUUUUGAAGUGCCUUAGACUAAUUUUCUAUGUUAUUAGCUUCAGCAAAAAUGGUGACCAAAACAGUGGACCUUCGAUCUGACACAGUCACCAAGCCAACAGAAUUGAUGAGGGCUGCCAUGGCAAAUGCUGAAGUUGAUGAUGAUGUGUUAGGUUCUGACCCAACUACCUUUCGCUUAGAAGCAGAGGUGGCAAAGAUCAUGGGGAAGGAAGCUGGUCUGUUUGUUCCAUCCGGCACUAUGGGUAACCUCAUUAGUGUGCUCGUUCAUUGUGAUAUUAGAGGGAGUGAAGUCAUUCUUGGAGACAAUUCACAUGUCCAUAUUUUUGAGAAUGGUGGAAUUGCGACAUUGGGAGGUGUACACCCAAGGACUGUUAAGAAUAAUGAUGAUGGAACAAUGAAUAUCGAAUUGAUUGAAGCUGCCAUUAGGAAUCCUAGUUGGGAGCUGGUUUACCCGACCACAAGGCUUAUUUGCUUGGAAAACUCACAUGCAAACUCAGGUGGUAGGUGCCUAUCUGUUGAAUACACGGACAAAGUUGGUGAGUUAGCUAAGAAACAUGAUCUGAAGCUUCACAUUGAUGGGGCUCGAAUUUUCAAUGCAGCUACUGCACUUGGAGUUCCUGUUGACAGGCUUGUGCAACCUGCUGAUUCAGUGUCGGUUUGUCUGUCGAAAGGUCUGGGUGCUCCAGUUGGUUCUGUUAUUGUUGGCUCCAAAAGUUUUAUUACAAAGGCUAGAAGGCUCAGGAAAACCUUAGGUGGUGGGAUGAGACAGAAUGGUGUCCUUUGUGCUGCUGCAUUGGUUGCUUUGCAAGAGAAUGUUGGAAAGCUUGAUGAAGAUCACAAGAAAGCUAAGGUUCUGGCAGAGGGACUAAAUCAAAUUAAAGGGCUGAGAGUGAAUGUCACUGCAGUGGAGACCAAUAUUAUAUUCAUUGACAUAGUGGAGGGCUCAAAAAUCACCGGAGAGAAACUAUGCAAAAACUUGGGGGAGCACGGUGUCCUUGUGAUGCCAGAGACAUCAUCCAGAAUUAGAAUUGUCAUGCACCACCAGAUUUCAGCAAGUGAUGUGCAGUACACUUUGUUGUGCUUUCAGCAAGCUUUCGCUGGAGUACCAGAUGAAAAUGGCAACUAGUGGAUGGAACUGUUACCCAGUCAUUUCUUUAGGAAUGCGGCAGCUGCUAUCAGUCUCUGAAGGAUCAUGUAAAGCCAAUACCUAGGAGUCUCUGGUUAUGCCUUGGUACAUUAACAUCCUCCGUUUGACAUGACGCAUUUGAUGGGGCAUCUAAGAUUCUAAAUUUGAUUGUUAUGUUUUUAUGUUUAUGUUGGAAUGAUAUCUAAUCAAAACCUUAAGUGCCAAUUAAAAAAAUUUAAUAGUUCAUAUAUUUUAUCAACAAUUAGAGUGAAAUAUAAUAAUAAAAAAGUGAAGUGUAA